AUGGCGAAUAUAACAAGUUUAAUUCUGCUAAACGCUUCAAUCAUCAAGCCAUCUGGUUACUGCGAGAAUCUUCAACCGUUUUUGGACAUGGAUAUCAGGAAGAAGCUGCCACAGUACUACGUUAUCGCUUCUCUAACGGCUUCUUUUUUCAUGUUCAUGCUUUGUUUUUUCGCAUUGUUUUUAAACGCAGUAGUUGUGUUCGUCACAUGGCGAACGCCCGCGUUGCACUCGCCGAGAAACAUUUUGCUUUGCUCCUUGGCAGCCACCGACUUUUUUGUUGGUUUCACAUCUCAGCCGUUCUUCGUUGUAGCCGAACUGUUCUUGCUAUUUGGCCAAUUGGAAAGAUACUGCCUGACUGUGUUUAUGCUUUUCUAUUCAAGCUGGCUCUUCAAUGGGAUUUCUUUCCUAACUCUGACGGCCAUUAGCUUCGAGCGAUAUCUCGCUCUGCGCUUUCAUCUUCGAUAUACAGAAUUGAUAACAGCCUCUCGCGUGGUCAUAACGGUUGUUAUCUACUGGUUAAUAUGGGCGACUUUGGUUACAGUUCUUUGGUUUUGGGCCACCAGCAAGCUCUUAGCUUAUGCACUCACGGCUGUGUGUCUUGUAAUGGGAGUCAGCGCUUUGAGGUGCCUUUCCCUUAUUCACAAAACUAUGAAAAGGCACAAUAAACACGUACGCGAUACAAAUCAAAAAACCUUUCAAAGUAUGAUUCGCUAUCGCCGCAGUACAAACACAAUGAUCAUUCUCGUGGCCGCGUUUGCGUUAAGUUAUAUCCCGUUUGUUAUCACCACUGCAGUUAGUGCCUCGCAAGAACAAGAAGAUCUAAGAACAUCUGUGGCACAUUGCUUGGCAGUUGCAGUCAUGUUUGCAAACUCCUCUGUGAAUCCUGUGAUCUAUUUCUGGCGAGUAACUGAGCUUCGCGAAGCGGCCGAGCGAACUUUGAGGAGAUUCCAUCCUCUAAAGACAAAACGAAGUGACACGGAGUUUGACACAAGAUAA